UCUUCCCACCUCAGAGCCAUGGGGAGCCAGGGCCCUGGCGGGCUGCCCUUGGUACAGGCUCCCUACACGGUCCUGCUGCUGCCGCUGGGGACAAGCCGCCAAGACCCAGGGGCCCAGAGCUUCUUCCUUUGGCUGCGGAGGAUGCAGGCUCUGGAGAGAGAACAGGAUGCCCUGUGGCAGGGGCUGGAGCUGCUAGAACAUGGCCAGACCUGGUUUAAAGACCGUCUGAGGGAGGCGCAUCGACAGCAGCUGCAUCUGGGGGCCGUCGGUGAGAAUUUUCUAACAGAUUUACACCCAGAGCCUGGUGGCCCCCAGUUAGCCCAGAUUCAAAAGGUGAACAUCUGUUUGCAGAAUCUGAUUCAGGAGAAGUUCUCCCCAAGUACACUGAACAAGGCUAGUUCCUGCACCACCCAGGAUUCAAAGGAAAGACCAAGGAAGCCGAACUUGUGGCAGCAACAGGUAAACUUCAAGGGAGAGGGCAGGAGCCCCCACCCUACAGGGCAGGGAGGAGCCCAGAGGGCCCGUCUGUUUCUCCUCUCCUCUAGGAGUUGUCAAGGCAGCAGAAAGGAGUCACCCAGCCAAAGGAGGAGAUGGCUCAGUGGGGCUGCCCUAAGGGGCCAAGAGGCCCUACCCGUGUCUAAACCUUCCUCUCACUCCCCUAAGUCUGGUGAAAGAGUCAGAAGCCCCAGGCUCCUUAUUCUGCUUCUUAACAGCUAAAAAAAUGGCUCCAGGUAGUAAGUCAAUAAAGUUCAGACAUCUUGGUGUAACGUGUCUCCUCUACUCCUGAAAACUUUCUUUCAUCUUCUUGGUGUCACAUGUCCUCAUUCUCCCCUAUAUGAAAUGCCAAAAUGGUCUUUCUUUGAAAUCCCUCUGGGAAGAAGAUAUGUUUAUUGAAACUGUCCUUCAGCCUUAAAUACAAAAAUAAAACCGAAGCUGCUCCAGAAAACAACUUUCUCCAAAAA